UGCCAAAUAGCAGUCGGCGAGAAUGUCAGAGCCGCGUCGACGUAUAAUUUAAAUUUAAUUUUCAAAAUGGUGGGAAAUGUGUGGUUUUCUUUUUUUAUUGUGACAAUUAUGGCAGCCGUGUUAGAUGGCCAGACCUUGGGAGGACCUAUGCAUGGCAAAGUAGUGGUGUGUUACGUUGCCAGUUGGGCUGCAUACAGAACUGGUGCAGGCAAGUUUGAGCAGAGCGACCUGGAGCCUUCUCUCUGCACUCACCUGGUAUAUUCAUUCGCUGGUCUGGAUGAACAUGGCCAUAGUAUCAAGAGCUUGGACCCUUGGCAAGACCUGGAAAAGGACUACGGCAAAGCGGGUUACAAGCGAAUGGUGGCUUUGAAAGAGAGGUACCCGCAUCUUAAAGUGACCUUAGCUAUUGGAGGAUGGAACGAAGGCUCUCUGAAGUAUUCAAUAAUGGCGGCUAAUGCAGAAACGAGGGCAAAGUUUGUGCAGAGCGUCUUGCUUUUCUUGGAUACAUACAAAUUUGAUGGUCUUGACUUGGACUGGGAGUAUCCAACGAGGCGUGACGGUAGACCCGAAGACAAGGCAAACUACGUGUUAUUGGUCAAGGAACUGAAAGAGGCCUUUGAGUCAAAAGGUUAUAUACUGACGGCAGCACUCGGAGCAGGUAAAGAGACCAUGGAAUCAGCAUAUGACCUCGCCAAGUUGAGUCGGUAUCUCGACUUCUUGCAUAUGAUGUGUUAUGAUUACCACGGCACCUGGGACGGUGUUGUUGGGGCCAAUGCCCCGCUACGAGGGACCAACGAUCAGGACGUGUUAAGCUUGGAAUUCACCAUCAAAUAUAUGUUAGCUCAUGGCGUCAGUCCUUACAAGAUGGUACUGGGUCUACCCAUGUACGGUCGUAACUUCAUUCUGGAGAACCCUGGGGUUAAGAAGAUUCUGUUCGGAGUCACAACUGUCAAGAGUAUGGGAUUCCAAGGACCAUUUACUAAGGAAGCCGGGUUUAUGGGUUAUAAUGAGAUUUGUGCGGAAGUAACAAAUAAGUCAGCGACAUGGACUCAACACUGGCACGAACAAACCGCAACGCCAUAUUUGCGCGACGGUGCACGAGUUAUAUCAUACGACAAUGCAAGAUCUAUUGCUAUUAAAGUCAAAUUGGCCAUAGACUAUGGUCUCGGUGGUCUGAUGGUGUGGAGUAUUGAUACAGACGACUUCCGCGGCGCGUGCGAGAGCGAGAAGGAUGCAUACAUAGACUUUGUGGAUAGAUAUAAUAAGAUUGUAGACGAGCCAAUACUCCAAGAAGCUUUGAAGACUUUAAACCUACCUGAUGCGAACCGAAUAGAGAACUUAAGCAGACGCACAGCGUAUGUCGUUUCAAAUGGACGCUUACACCUUCGACUUCCAGAAGGAAACUACUCCAACUACAAUCUAAUGAGAACUAUUGACGAAGCCACUCUAUUAGCACUAGAAGAGAAGAGAAUCCUAGAUGAGAUAGAGUUAGUGAACAAGAAGAAUGAAAUUGGUUAUGAGCCCGAUUCAGCUGUAGGCCUAUCUAGUAGUUAUUUGUCUAUGGUUCUAUGUUUUGCCUUACUUAUCUAUUGAGGUUUGAGUUAAGAUAUAAAAUAUAGAAAUUGAACUCAUGAACUUUUUGAAUCUGUGGCUUCUUUAGCCAAGCGUUUGGCAGUCGUGAGGGAUUGAUAAAUAGACAUAAAAAUGAUAGACUAGACUGAAUCGAAAAUUAAUACGAAAUACGUAUUAAUAAUAUUUAUUCUGUAUUUGAAAUUAAACAUUAUCACUUACGAGUCCUCGCGUUAAGUUUCCGGCGCGAAAACUGUCUCCCAGCCCGACACACUACUGAGAAGUUUUGUAUUGUAUAGAAAUAUAAAACUUUAUUUCAAUUUCUAUAUUGUGUCUGUUACAUUUACUUAUACUAUUAGAUACUCAGAAACAUACUGUUGGCUAAACUAAGAUUAUGUUCUCCAUAACUCUAUGAAAUAUCUAUCGCUUGAAAAUUGACACAAGGGGCAACUUAUUUCUAUAUACAUACAGCGCCAUCUAUUGGAAUAUGUGAUAAAUUGCCGUCGCAAGCAGUGGCUUCAACAUAGAACGUAUAAUUGGGAAAAGAGGUAUUUGUUGAGAACCCUGUAAGCCACAAAUGGUGACUUGAUUAUUGUGUGUGUUUGCUGAUAUUAUUUUUAUGUAAAACAUUUCUCGUAGUCUUUUAGAUAUAUGUUACUUAAAUGUUAAAUACCCAUCAUUGUGUACAUCUUUUUAUAUGUACAAAAUUUGUCGGAAUUUAGGCAUCUAUAUACAAUCAAUUUUAUUUUUACUAAGGAUAUAAAAUAUA